AUGUUUGCUCUCCCCUUCGCUCCUCCUUUUGCCCCUCCCAUUCCUCCUCCAGCUCUUCCUCCAUAUAUUGCUCCUUUCGGGCCCCCUCGACAGCCAUUCGGCAGGGGUUUACGGCAGCAUAGGUCUCUCGGGAGUCCUCUCAAAAGAAUCGGAGGAAAUGAGCACCUCUACAUUGAAUCACCAAUGACGAACAGCAUUUGGCCAAUCCGUCAACGAAAACUAGCAAGGCACAUGCCAGGACUUUUUCAGAAGAUGCGAGAAUCUGGCAACAGAAUCAUGAAUCCUUUGAAACUUGUUCCUUGCAACACACAGCAAGAUAUGGACGAGGACCCAAUUGUGCUCGAUUUAUUGAUGAACGGGAUUGGACAGCCUUAUGUAGGCUCACUGUUUCGCUUUCCCUCGCCUACUGGGGGUCUCGAUAUCAACGACUACUUCCUACAACUCUACAUCGCGGGCACCCAGGCGAUUUCAGCUCCGUUGGUUCAAACCAUUUUGAAUAUAUUCCAAAGACUUUCUGCCAUUUUGAGAAAUGACUCUGCAUGUGGCUUCGGGGAUGAUAUCUACAAAGUCAUCGUGGAAUGGGCUGUGAAGUUUAUGCCAAUCAUUGGCCCUAUACCAGCGGCUAUAUACAUGCUCAUUGAUGCAUUGUAUACAAUGACAAACAAAGACGAAGCUACCCUGAGAAUCUUGCUGGGAAAGGUUCCGGCUCAGUAUCAAUUGCCACUGGUAGGGGAGGCGUACCAACGCACAAUGACAGAGCAAAGUUUUCUCUCCAACAAUAUUAUGGAAGUAUACCAGGGCCUUCCUCUAAGCUACCCAAUAUGA